UCCGUAGGCGCCGUGACAGAAGUCAAAACGGACAUCUACGUGACCAGCUUUGGGCCGGUGUCCGACGUGGAGAUGGAAUACACAAUGGAUGUCUUCUUUCGGCAGACAUGGACUGAUGAGAGGUUGAAGUUUAGUGGGCCAACUGAAAUUUUGAGAUUGAACAAUUUAAUGGUCAGUAAAAUUUGGACACCAGACACAUUUUUUAGAAAUGGAAAAAAAUCAAUUGCUCAUAAUAUGACAACUCCUAACAAACUUUUCAGAAUUAUGCAGAAUGGAACUAUUCUUUACACAAUGAGACUAACCAUUAAUGCUGAUUGUCCUAUGCGGUUGGUGAACUUCCCUAUGGAUGGACAUGCUUGUCCAUUGAAGUUUGGAAGCUAUGCUUAUCCAAAAAGUGAAAUAAUUUAUACAUGGAAAAAAGGACCCCUGCAUUCAGUAGAAGUUCCACAAGAGUCUUCCAGUCUCCUCCAGUAUGACCUCAUAGGGCAAACUGUAUCUAGUGAAACAAUUAAAUCUAACACAGGUGAAUAUGUAAUCAUGACAGUUUACUUCCACUUGCAAAGGAAGAUGGGCUACUUCAUGAUACAGAUAUAUACUCCAUGCAUUAUGACAGUCAUUCUUUCUCAGGUGUCUUUCUGGAUUAACAAGGAGUCUGUUCCAGCCAGAACAGUUUUUGGAAUCACUACAGUUCUAACAAUGACCACUUUAAGCAUCAGUGCACGCCAUUCUUUGCCCAAGGUGUCCUAUGCUACCGCCAUGGAUUGGUUCAUAGCUGUGUGCUUUGCCUUUGUCUUCUCGGCACUUAUUGAGUUUGCAGCUGUCAACUACUUUACCAAUCUUCAGACUCAGAGAGCAAUGAGGAAGGCAGCCAGGGCAGCAGCACUGGCAGCAGCACUAUCAGCAGCAACUGUACCGGCAGAGGACGAGAUUGUCUCGCAUUCUGACUCCAAUUGUAAUCUGAAGAAGCGAGUAAACUCCGUAACGUCUCAGGCAGAUCAGUCUCCCGAAGCCAGCAUAAUAUCAAAUAGUGCAUCCCAGUGUCAACCAGUGUGUGUUCCUCCACCAGCACCACCACCACCUAUUGGAGGCACAAGUAAAAUAGACCAGUAUUCUAGGAUCCUCUUUCCCGUGGCGUUUGCAGGAUUCAACCUGGUAUACUGGGUUGUUUAUCUUUCAAAAGACACUAUGGAAUUUUUUGAACCUACUGCAAUGCAUCUUCGAAAUGACCAUCAGUCCAACUGAAGAACAGCUCAAGGUGUCAAAGAAAUCACUGAAAGUCAUGUAGGGUUAAAGGGACUUCAAAGGA